ACAGGACAGAAAAAAACAGGCUCAACCCAUCCCGUUUGCGACCUAUAGCUCCCGUCCGUGCGCCGUCUCCUCUCCUGUUCCCCUCCUCCGCCGCCGCGCUGCUGCUCAAGACCUGCAAGAUCGGCGCCGCCUCCGUGAACGCCGCCCCGCCGAACAAGAAAAAGGGGAAGAAGAGACGCAACCCCGUCGCCGGGCCAGCGGCAUGAGGAGCUUCCCGGUGACCGGCGGCCGCAGCGUCUCCCUCGCCCUCUUCUCCGACGUCUCCAACAGCCGGGAGCUCCUCGAUCUGAUGCAGUCGGGGAAGCUGGAGCCGGAGGCCGCUUUCAUCAACGCAUCGCUGGUGCCGGACGUGUUCCCGGUCCUCGCCGCGGCGCACAAGGCGCUGCUCUCCAAGUCGAGGGAGUCGCUGACCACGAGGACCCUGCACUCGGAGCUCGUCUACAACUGCUCUGGCUCGAAGCAUAUAACAGAGUCCCUGAAGCGGUGCGGUAUCGCCGAUGACACGCAGUAUAUCCUCGCGGCGCGGUUUGAUGCUUCAGAUGAAGAGAUGAAAGCACUGGAAAAGCUCAUCAGCGGAACCGAGAUUGAUCUGUCAGAAUUGGAGACAAGAGCAGACCAACCAAAGAUUCUGAAGCAAUACAAAAUAACUCCACAGGAACUGUCAAUAUCUACACUGCCAGAGGCAAUCGUGUGCAGGAUUGCUGCCCGAGACGCCCUCUGAGGUCUUAAAACGAUGGCCAGGACGUUCUCCAGCUGUGCGUGUCGAAUUCUUUGGACGAACACCGCAUCUGUUGCACCUCCUGCCCAUGGUCAAGCUUGUGGCGGCAGGGUGUUUCAAGCCUGAACUUAGGAAUUGCAUUAUGGUAACAUUUAGUCCUGGAUGCUGUAACAACAACUGGAUAUAUGUAUGGUCACAGGCUCACAGCUUGAGUGUUUCUAGGAUCACUUCAUUAAGAGUUAAUGCAAGCAACCUUCCGUGA